AUGCAUCUGGUCCCUGCCGACAGCGUCCCAGACGCGCGGACAUGGCUGAGCCCAUCUGAAGACGACUUCUCGAACACAGGCAGCGAAGCGGACGAGCGUACACCCACCACCGCAUACAACAUCGCAGCGCCAUGGCUGCGGCUUCUGGAAACACGGGCUGGGCCCAGCUACGGCAACAAGCGCGAAGUCUCGAGACGCAGGUAUGAACUUCCACUGCUCGCAGCAAGCAUCCUCUCUCCGCCGGGUUUCCCUGACAUCCGAGUCGCCGCGCAGACAGAGACCUUGUUCCACACAUACUCCCAGUUCUCGACAGUAUCAGAUAUACCAGCAAAACCGACAGAAGAUGAAAGGACAACAGAAGCAAAGCUCCAGGAUCUCCUCGAGAGACGCGAGAGCGUCAUCUCCCAACUAGCCCGCCUCCUCGACUCCGAAGCGACCCUCACAUCUUCCGCCUUGAAGCAGAACAACCUUGCCCUCCUCCGCGAGAAGCUUGCCGAACACAAGCGCGACCUUGUGCGCAUCCGCAACACAAUCGCCCAGGCCCGCGACCGCGCCCACCUUCUCUCCAAUGUCCGCUCCGACAUUGACGAGUACCGAGCCAACAACCCCGAAGCCGCUGAGGCCGAAUAUAUGCUCGCCGAGCGCAACCGCAUCGAUAACAGUCACAACAUGGCCGACAGCGUCCUCUCUCAGGCUUACGCCGUGCAGGACAACUUCAACAUCCAGCGCGAGACGCUCGCUAGCAUCAACCGUCGCAUCACCAUGGCCGCCAGCCAGGUCCCAGGGCUAAACAGCCUCAUCGGCCGAAUUUCCGCGAAGAAACGCCGGGACGGCAUAAUCAUGGGCGUCUUCAUCGCCUUCUGCUUCCUCGUCUUCUGGUGGUUCCUAUAA